AUGGGUUCACCGUUAUCGUCAGUUCUGGCCAAUAUAUACAUGGAAGCCUUUGAGAAGAAAGCCCUGGAAUCCACAACGUUGAAGCCUAAGUGCUGGUACCGAUAUGUUGACGACACCUUCAUAAUUUGGCCCCACGGACGUAACACCGUAGUGGAUUUCCUGGAUCACAUCAGUGGAAUACAUCCAGAUAUCCAGUUUACCAUGGAACUAGAGAAAAAUGCCGCCCUUCCCUUCUUGGAUGUUUUGGUUGAGAGGAAACCAGAUGGCACUUUAGGACAUCGACCAAGAACGGUAUCUUUUCCGGCAGCCCCCGUAUCCUCCACCAGGUCCAGCCCGGCCAUCCAUUGCGCUGCCAUCGCGGUGAUGGACUCUAGGAGGAAUACCUCAGACAGAUUCAUCCCGCGCCGAGCGAAUGUCAACUUCGACCUGUCGUACUAUUCCUUAACCGAAGACAGCGAUGAUUUUGACACUUCCAACAUCAUGUACUCUGGAUCGUCGACUUUCACGAAUACUGCCAAAUAUUAUUACAAUCUGGCACAGUACCGAACACAUCUUUGGAAAGCCAUGAUGCCCAGAGACAACAAAAUCCUUGUAUUCUCUUCACCAAAGAAGAAAGGAAGAUGCGGCAGAGAAAAAAACUGCAAUACAAGCCUUUGGCCUAUACACCCCAGGUCCAAACCUCUGCUAGGUCGGCCUUCUAUUAUCCUGGACAUGCCUGAUCUUGAUACCGACAUUACUCAUCAAGUGGUAGAUUGGGGGAAGAAAGGCUACAUUGGAACGAUUUAUGAAAAUGAAGUCCAUCUCUGGCACCCAGAUGACAACUUAAGUAGACUGGUGACGAAUACACAAAGAAGAGUACAGGCAUGUCUGAAAUGGAACGAAGACGGAACGCAAUUCGGUAUGGCCUUGAGUAUGUCAGGCAUUGCUGUGUGGGACUUUAACGCUUCAAAGGUUCUUUAUUCCAGCCUUAUUAUUUUCCUUCAGAUGUCCGAAAGCGGUUCCUGCCUCUGCCUCUACGGUGGGUGCGUCGUGACGGCAAUGCAGUUCACCAGCAACAACUACCUGAUAACCGGCUGCUCAAGCGGGAGACUGUGCAUUUGGACCCCUUGCAUGGUCUGCAUCAGAACCCUCCACACUGCCCAUACGGACAUGCCCAUCAUCGUCAUUAAGUUGUCUUGUAACGAGAAUUAUCUCGUGACUACUGGUCUCGACAGGAAAGUUAGGAUAUGCAAGUGGCCCACCCUGGAAGGCCUGUUUCAGAUCUCCUUUACGGAGGCGCCCGUUAAGGCUGUGGCGUGGCACCCAUGGAGGGACUCACUGCUUGCAAUUGGUGGACCCACUAAUACUGCCUUAUGGAAUGUGAGCACACUAAAAGAAUUAGACUCUAAAACUCACCCUCAUGAGAACAAAAUUAUAGAUUGUUUGACGUUCAACCCACUCUCUGCAGAGCUGGUGGCGAGUCACUACAUUUAUGGAAGUGACGGAAAUGACUAUCACGUGCUGCUGGUGAUGAAAGACCUGGAAAACGUCGUCGAUGAGGUUGUAUUUCACGAAGGUAGAGUUCCCUAUUUGCUGUGGGACGCCACUGGCACAAAAUUGGCGACAGCGAGUACUGACGAAAAUUUAUGCAUAUGGGACUUUUUUGGACCGACAGAAGUAGAGAAAAGGUACCUGAAAUUAUCACAGAAGAAGGAGCUAAGUACGGAUAUGUUGAAGAACCUCAAUAUUUUUAACUCGUAUAUUCGUUAG